AAUGAUGGCAUUCACUGGGGAAGUAGCCGUUUGUACUUGUAUCAGAACGUCGUAAGUUCAGAGCACUCCAGUGUGCAAAAGCCUGCAGGUUCUGAAUCUCCAGCAGCUUAGAGGAUGGAGGAAGAAGGGCCCGGCUUCGGUGUUAUUGUUUCUGGGGUGUCCUCAUGAGAGAUUGAAAUUUGUGAACAUCAUCAGAGCUGAUCCAGAUAGGAAAAAAAUAGAGCAUCGCAGUUGCCGGCAAUGUCCUAAGGACCAACGAAAAUGUCCAAGGCUCAGGAAUCCCUGACAUUCAACGAUGUGGCUGUAAAGUUCACCGGGGAGGAAUGGCAGCUCCUGAACCCUGCUCAGAAGACCCUCUAUCAGGAUGUGAUGUGGGAGAACUAUCGCAACCUGGUUUCCCUUGAAAUCAAGAAAGUUGGUAAUCAUUUGCUUGAGCACUCGCAACAUGAAAGAAGUGUGGACAGAACUGAACAAUGCUAUCAGUUUAAUACAUUGGAAAAUAUUCUUCAUCAGCACAAAAAUAAUUUUCCUCUAAAGGAAAAUUAUGAGAUAUUUGGCUUACAUGAGAAAAAUGUAAAAUCAGAUUUAAUCAUUCUGGCAUUAAAUCACAACAGUAGCAGCAAAAUAAAGAAGUCGGCUGUGCUCAAUGGAGAUGAGAAAACUUUUAUCCAUGUUAAACAUGAGCAAUUUUGUACUGAAAUGAAAUUCCCUGGAUGUGAAAAAUCCAGUAGCAUAAAGUCACAAUGCAUUCAGCAUCAGGAAUCUGACAUAAUUGAGAAAUCACACAUAGGUGAUAAAUGUGGGGAAACCUUCAUCAAGGAGUCUUUCCUCUGUGAGCAUCAGAUCAUUCACGUACUAGCUAACACCUAUGAAUGCAGUCUGUGUGGACAAGAACUCGACAGAGUAUUCACUCUUACUGCUUAUAAAGGACAAAAACCAUACACAUGCUUGGAAUGUGGCAAAGCUUAUCACAGUAAAUCAUAUCUCCAGGAACAUCAGAAAACUCAUGUGGCAGGGACUCCCUGUGUAUACAGUGAAUGUGGGACAGCCUUCACCAGGAACAGUGAUCUCACUGUUCUUCAGCAAACUCAUACUGUAGAGAAACUCCAUGCAUGUGGUGAACAUGGCAAAGGCUUCAUUCACACAACACAGCUCAAAACUCAUCUACAAACUCAUACUGGAGAAAAACCUUAUGUAUGCGGUGAGAGUGGUAAAGCUUUUAGCCAGAAGCAGUGUCUUACAGAACAUCAGGUGUUUCACACAGGGAAGAAACCCCAUGUGUGUGGGGAAUGUGGAAAAGCCUUUAGCAGGAAGAAUGUGCUCACUGAUCAUCAGCAAACUCAUACUGGAGAGAAACCCCAUGUGUGUGGUGAAUGUGGCAAAAGUUUCAAUCGGACAUCAAAUCUCAAAAUUCAUCUACUCACGCAUACUGGAGAAAAACCUUAUGUAUGUGGUGCGUGUGGUAAAGCUUUCAGCCAGAAGCGAAGCCUUACAGAACAUCAGACAUUUCACACAGGAAAGAAACCCCAUGUGUGUGGUGAAUGUGGAAAAGCCUUUAGCAGGAAGAAGAGCCUCACUUUUCAUCAGCGAACUCAUACUGGGGAGAAACCCCACGUGUGUGGUGAGUGUGGAAAAGCCUUUAUCUCAAAGUAUGAGCUCACUGUUCAUCAGCGAACUCAUACUGGAGAGAAACUCCAUGUGUGUGGUGAAUGUGGAAAAGCCUUUAUCAGGAAGAGUGUUCUCACUGUUCAUCAGCGAACUCAUACUGGUGAGAAACCCCAUGUAUGUGGUGAAUGUGGAAAAGCCUUUAUCUGGAAGUUUGAGCUCACUGUUCAUCAGCGAACUCAUACAGGAGAGAAACUCCAUGUAUGUGGUGAAUGUGGAAAAUCCUUUAUCUGGAAAAAGGACCUCACUGUACAUCAUCGAACUCAUACUGGAGAGAACCCCCAUGUAUGUAGUGAAUGUGGAAAAGCCUUUUCCUGGAAGAAUGAGCUCACUGUACAUCAGCGAACUCAUACUGGAGAGAAACCCCAUGUAUGUGGGCAAUGUGGAAGAGCCUUUAUCAGGAAGAAUGUUCUCACUGUUCAUCAGCGAACUCAUACUGGAGAGAAACCCCAUGUAUGUGGGGAAUGUGGAAAAACCUUUUUCUGGAAGAAUGAACUCACGGUUCAUCAGCGAACUCAUACUGGAGAGAAACCCCAUCUGCUCUACGAUUAA